AAGUAUCGGUGCUAGUAAAGAAUCAAGUAGGCAGAAAAGGUUUGGGUAUUUAAAAUAUAGAAAGUAACCCACUGUAUUUUAGUAUUUAUACAAAACGGGCAUUUCAUGUAUUAUAAGUUUCCCUAUUUGCUAAAGGAUUUAUGAGAUCUGCUGUAAAAUGCCGCUCAGUUUACUAAAAAAGAAAAAGAGGGGAAAGUUGCUUACUGUUCAAAUAUCAACUCUUGAUGCAGAAUUAAAUUUUAGUGUGGAUUCAUCUGCAAAAGCAAAGAAUGUGUUUGAUCUCAUCUGUCACACUAUUGGUUUACGCGAGACCUGGUAUUUUGGAUUAGCUUAUACAGGAAAGAAUGGAAGUCCGGUGUGGCUGAAACUUGACAAACGGAUUCUUGAUCAAAAUGUUCCACGUUCAAGUGAAGAUGGAUCAGUGGAGCUGAGGUUUCUCGCAAAGUUUUAUCCUGAAGUCCUGGAUGUUGAACUUAUUCAAGAAGUUACCCGUCAUCUUUUUUAUCUUCAGUUUCAACAACUUAUAUUAUCAGAAGAGUUGACAUGUUCACCAGAAGCAGCGAUACUCCUUGCGUCUUUUGCAGUGCAAGCAAAGUUUGGUGAUUAUGAUGAGGAAAUGCACAAACCAGGAUUCUUGGCAAAUGAAAUUCUUUUGCCACAGCAAGUACGCGACCAGUUUCAAUCUGUAACUGGUGAAAUGUGGGAGACUCAAAUAACCUCAUGGUAUGCACAGCACCACGGACUUACAAGAGAUGAAGCAGAACUUGAAUAUUUAAAAAUUGUUCAAGAGUUUGAAAUGAGUGGUGUACAAUACUUUAAAAUAAAGGAUGGAAAUGGUGCUGAUCUGUGGCUGGGAAUUGAUGCAAAAUCUGUAAGCAUGUAUCCGUAUAAUGAUCAACUACAUCCAACUAAAUCUUACCAAUGGAGUGAAUUAGCAGACAUGUCGUAUUAUGGAAAUAAAUUUGUUAUCAAACAAACUACAAGACCCAACAAUACCAAUACUAUCGGUCGAAGGUUCAAUCUAGGAGCUUCUACGUCAAACUUAAAUGUCAAUGCUCCUGAGGAUAUCGUGUUUCUGGUUGAUGAUCCAGAAGUGAAUAAGCUUAUUUUGGAUUUGUGCCGUGGCAAUCAUGAUCUUUUUAUGCAACGAAGAAGAGUUGAUACCAUGGAGAUCCAACAGAUGAAGGAGCAAGCAAGGGAAGAGAAAGCAAGAAAACAGAUGGAGAGAACGAGGCUAACAAAAGAGAAAAACUUGCGUCUUCAAGUACAAAAUGAGAAGAAAGAACUGGAAGAAAAACUUGCACAAUUUCAGGAAGAAAAUCGUUCUGCCGCUGACACAUUAAGACGCUCAGAGGAAACUGCUGAACUUCUUGGCGAGAAAGCCAAAGUUGCAGAAGAAGAGGCACAACUUCUACGAGCAAAACUUAACAAAUCAGAUCAAGAAAUUCAAUCCUUGAAACUGGAGAUUGGAAAAUUACAAGAGGCAAACCACCAGUUACCACAAAAGUUUCUGAAAUACGAGCAGUAUGUUUCCCAGUUAAAUGAGCAAGCACAGGCAAGGGCAGGUGAGCUCAAAAAUGUCCGUGAAGAGCUUUAUGCAACAAAAGCUGCUUUAAACGAUGCAAACAUUAAGUUGAAUUUACUUGCAAAUCAACAUGUUCACCAUUCCCCAAACACUUCAAACAGUGUUCCAAUGAACAUGGGCUUCCUGCCUAUCAACAACCAAAUCCACAGUCAAGUGAUAUCAAUGCCAGGAAUCAACUUAAACAACACUUCACAGUCCAACCAUUCUCCUGCUGUAUCAAAUGCACAAUACUAUCAUAUGUAUGCUGCCAGUAAUGGCUCUGCUCACUCUGUAAAAACUGAUGGUAGUAAUGUAACUGACCGCAAUAGUAAUGAGUUUACAAGUGCUCCUGGAAAUUCCGACAUGCAGCAGUUAUCGCAAGAAAUAGAAAAAGAAAGAAUGGAGUACCAUGUUAAGAGUCGGAACAUUGAACAACAGUUGUUCAACUUACGGUCAGAAAUUGAAGUGCUUAAAGUGGAUGAGAGCAUGACCGGAUUCGAUCAGAAACAGGAUUCAAACCAACCACAUACACAUGAAAUUUCCACUUUCCAAGGUCACAAAGAGACACCUCAGUACUAUGAUGGUUUAUAGCAUUCUGUAGAAGCAGAAAAGGAUUUUAAAUUUACUUUCCACAUGAAUGACUUUACAAAAGUGCAACGUUGUAAGCAUGGGUGCUUAGCUAUAAGCCAUGGAGCGUAGUGAAUAAAUCUUUGUGUAAACCCCAAACUGCAAAGCCUAACAUUUUGUCUUUAUUAUGUGAACACUGUACGUAUGCAUAUUAUGUAUCGGUGCUAUUAAUGUUUUUAUUCUUUAUUAUUUCUGUUUAUGAUUUUCUGUAUGGUGGUGUUUGUAAAUGUACUGUUUAUGUGAUGCUAGCAUUUUCCACAUUGUUUUUUUUUUUAAUUUGAAUUUCUUAACUCAUUACACUUGUUUGUGUGUGCACUUGCUGCUUUUUACAUCACAUGCAACGAGUUAUUUUUAUCAUUUGCCUUCCACAUUAAAAACACCAACCUAAAAAA